GUGAACUUUACGAGUGAAAACUUAGUGAGCUGUUUCGACGGAUUCUACGACCCUCAGACCAAAGGCAACUGUUUGGUGGGACCAAAAACGGAGGGGGCACAGUUUGCUGUUUAUGGAAGGGAUGAAAAUCUAGAAUCUGCCAUUCAUGAGAAUGUGCCAGCCAUAAACACCACCAUGGAAUGCUUUGUUUACAUAAGAUCUGGAUCUUGCUCCUCUGACUCCAUGAUGGACGCCAUCUGCACGGUGACGGGUCCCACUGUCAUCGACUUCCACGGCCAGCAGAACUCUGUGAAGGAUCGCUGUUCAUACUCUCUGCUGAGGAUCCCAUCAGCACCAGGCUUCCAGGUUCUGGCCAACUUCCAGGAGCGCCGUCGUAAAGAUGUGAGCUUCCUGGACAGCGUGACGCUGCAACUGGCAGGACAGGCCAUUGGUCUGAACCAAGGAGGCAGAGUUGUGCUGAACAACUCAGAGCUGAACCUCAACAGCUCGGUUCAGACUGUUCACGGCGUGCAGCUCUCUAAGGACCAAACUGGAGUCACUGCCAAGGUGACGCUCUCAGACUUCACUGCUUCUGUCUUCUUUGAUGGCUCCACCACACAGAUCCACCUGGAAGGACCACCUGGACAGCCUCCACAGGGUCUGUGUGGAAACUCCAGCAGGUCUCUGAGUGAAGAGAGGCUCUCUGAGGACAACUCCACCAGCUGUGAGAAGCAGCACGCCGACACCAGUGACAGUUUGAUCAACUGCACCAAGAUGUCUGAACGCUGUAACAUCCUACAGGAGGCGCCCUUUACAUCCUAUGACAUUGACCCAGAGCCCCACAUCGCCGCCUGCAAAGACACUUUGUGCAGCUAUCCUGAUCUGGACGGCCUCAGGUGUCAGUUCCUGGAGGCCUACGCCAGAGCCUGCAGCAUGAGGAGCAACAGCACCCUGGGGGACUGGAGGUCCAAGGCUGAGUGCUCGCCCCCUAGGGCCUUCUGCCAGGACAGGACCUGCAGCGAUCAUGAGUUCUGUGGAGAGAAGACUGCUGGUGGAGAAACUGGCUGCCUCUGUAGAGCCAUUUUUGCCUCCAAGUACAGAGAGACCAACUCUUUGGGUGACUCACCGGUCUGCAGUCUGAACUCUGCUUCUCUGACUCUGGUCGGUUGUCUCCUGGAGGAAAAAGGCAUCGACUACUCUGCCUUA